AUGGAACCAGCACCGUAUGGCGGGUUCAUGACAAGAACAAUCGAUGAAGAAAAACAACAGCAGGAAAAGUUGAAGGAACAGCAGGUCGAGGUCGUUGUCAACGGCACCACAGAAACCUUGCGCCCCGAGGCCUUGCAUUUUCGAGGUGUGGACAAUUUGUCCACCGACGACAUCAAAUUCUUCAUAGACUACUACUUGAACUACAGAGAAGAGGACGGCGACUACGUUGCCAACGACAAGAUUGUGUGGUUUCGGAUCCAGUGGAUCGACGACUCGAAUGUCAAUGCCAUCUUCAAAACACACGAAGAUGCUAUUCUCGCUUUGAAUGCGUUGUCCAUUUCUGCUGGGCCCAACAGCGUCGAGCAGAAGAGCGACUUUUCACAAGAGUAUGUAUCCUCGAUCGUACAGGAGAGAGAGACGCGGCCAUACAGUGCUUCCAUUGCUUUCCACAGACUGCAAGAGGAAAAGAAGCGAGAACAGGACUUGUUUGGCGAGAAGAAAAAACAAAUUGAAGAGGAAAAGAAGCAACAGAAUGACAUGGAGGAGGACGAUAGUGCAGUCGUUUUGUACGCAAGACAAUCGUUCCAGCUGGACAGAAAAGUUAAAAAUGCUGGAGCCUACUCGCGAUACUAUUUGCUUCAUGGAGAGCCAGAUAGAACCAGGCCUCGUGUCCCUCGCAACAAAAGACGGGGCGAAUAUCUGAGAGCUGAUGAUGCCGACGAGGAUUUGUUUGCUAGUAAACUCAAGACGAGGGGAAGAGAUGACGAGGAGGAUUUGUUUGCCCUGCGUUUGCGGGAAAGAUCUCCUACAAGAGAGUAA